CACUAUGAUCCCUUUGAAGAGGAUGAAGAUUUUGGCCAUGAGCCGGCGCACUGGGAAGAACACGAAUUCGAGCAUGACGCUAAGAAGUCACACCGUCCUGACGGGGAACACCAUGAUGAAAAGAAGGACCACCAUGAACCGUCUGUCCUAAGCCCAGCCUCCAGCUAUGGGCACAAAUCCAUGCCCUAUCAUGCACGACCCAGAGGGCAUUCUCGCCUUCGUAGUCAGCGAGCAAGGGACCCCCGCUACCGCGAAGGACUGAACGACCUGGCUGGACUCAUGUAA